AUGCGAGCGGUGACCCUUCCUCGAAACGGACGAGAUGCUGAAGGGAUUUCACUGCGGUGCCAGAGUUUGAUCGUGGUCCUCGUUCUGGCAUUGAGCAGAAGGGUGGACUCUAGCUGGUCAAGACCUGUCCCCGUGAACGGGGAGCCCAAGCCCGGUGGAGUGCACCGGCAGUCGGACCUCGCCCUCACCAGUCAGCUACUGGAGACGCUUCUGGACAAUUAUGACAGCACACAAAGGCCUUGGCAUGGCGUUCGACCAACCAGCGUCACCGCCAACAUGCUGAUAAGGAGCAUGGGCCCCAUUUCGGAGCUUGACAUGGAGUACUCGAUGGACUGCUACUUCCGGCAGCGGUGGACGGACCAGAGGCUCAAGUUCAACGGCACCAUCAACCCCAUCAGCCUGCACAUCAAGAUGCUCGAGCGCAUCUGGAAGCCAGACACGUACUUCAUCAACGGCAAGGGCUCCUACCUACACACCAUCACGCAGCCCAACAAGCUGCUGCGCAUCUACCGCAACGGAGACGUGCUCUACUCCAUGAGGUUGACGAUCAAAGCCAGGUGUCCGAUGCAGCUGCAGAGCUUUCCAAUGGAUCGACAGUCCUGCCCACUGACCUUCGGCAGCUACGGCUAUACCGUGGACCAGUUAGUGUACAGCUGGGACUCCACUUUCCCGGUAGACCUGAUACCAGGACUGGCACUGUCUCAGUUUGACCUCAUCAACUACCCCUACAGAAACUCCACGUACGCUUUCAACAACGGUCUGUUUUCGGUGUUGCAUGUCAACUUCAACCUCCAGCGGCACAUGGGCUACUUCCUCAUCCAAGUCUACGUCCCAUGCGUCCUCAUCGUUGUCCUCUCCUGGGUCUCCUUCUGGAUCAACAGGGAAGCCACAGCGGACAGGGUUGGCCUCGGCAUCACGACGGUGCUGACGCUGUCCACGUUCGUGCUGGACACGAGGACGGACCUUCCGAAGGUCCCGUACCCGACCUCCCUGGACUGGUUCGUCAUCAUGUGCUUCUCCUUCGUCAUCUUUACUCUGCUCGAGUACGCCGGCGUCCACUACUUCACAAAGGUUGGCAGCGGAGAGUUCCCGCUCACCGCGGACGGUGAGAAGGAAGAAGGGCAUCUUCCUUCGCGGCCUCCAGCUGCGGGGGGCUCCGACCCCGAAGAGGACGAUAACGAGGUCCCGGACUUCUACGUCCCACUACAGACCAUCGAUCAGUGCGUUUGCCGAAUGAACAUGGACUGCGAGUCUGUGGUGUCGGAGUCUCCUGUCCCUGCCCGCUACCUGGAGUACGUCCCGUCCAGGAGCCAUCAGGAACUGCACCACCGGGCGCGUCGGAGGCGGAAGCACUACCACUGCUGCGCCCAGUUCCUCUACUGCAUGGUGGGCAACGAGCGCUUCCGCAACGAGAUGAGGCUGCGCGCCGACAGGGGCGCCAUCGUCAACAGCGUCUCGCAGAUCGACAGGGUGUCCCGCGUCCUCUUCCCGUUCUGCUUCAUCCUCAUCAACCUCUUCUACUGGUUCAGCUUCGGAAGGGACCGUCCCGAAGGCUGGGGCGUACAAGAAAACGCUUAGGGACCAUCUUCGUCAAACCUGGAGGUGACUACUCUCCCGCAAAGCACUUGGACUCGUACU